CGACGAGACGAGACGAGACAGAGACAGAUGGGCAAGUCUGCCAAGUUCUACAAGAAGAAGCCCAAGCUUGGCAAGGGCGGCGAGCACGGCGGAGGCGAUGGAGCUGCGGAGCGCUACGAUAAGGAGGAAGAGGUCGGCGCGGCGGCAAAGGCGAGGGCGAUGAAGGUGCGUCUGGCCGAGGAGGCGAGGCAGAAGAGAGCAAAGGGGCCGGACGGUGUAAUAAAAAGGCCUGUCGAGGCAUAUGAUGAAGUGGAAGAGGACGAGGACCAGGAUGAGGUUGAAGACGAAGAAGGAGCAGGGAAACAGAGCAUCGCGAAACGACCAAGAGGCUCGGGAGGCGCGGCGAAGCUGCGCGGCAAGGCAGCAUCGAAAAAGGGCCAGGACACAAAGGAGGACGACUACCGUGUCCCACGGGAUCGAGGCAUCGACUACAUCGGCCAAUGGGAGCUCGGGCCCGGUCGAAAGAAGCGAUAGAGAGACACAUCGACGUAUUGCAGAGUAUGCGAAUUGUAUUUAUAGUACAGCGGACUUGAGGGAUCAGAAAGUCAGACGUGGUGUGGGACAGUAUAU